UGCGAACCUACUCGCACCAGUAUUUUAGCGCUGGAGGAGGGUAGAAAUGAAAAAAUUGUUGGUUACCUACCCUCAGCGCUAGUCUAUAUAAGGCUUGACAGCCCCUGAUGGUCUCAUUAUUGUCCGUGCGCUCGCGGCAUUCGCACCAAGUAGAAAUAAAGUGUUAAUAGAAUUAAAGUGUUAAAAAUGCCUAAACGAAAGAGAGACGAGACGGAAGAAGACAAAUGGCGUAGAAGAAUAAAAAAAUAUGAAGCCAAGUUAAGGAAUAUUCACCGUGCUGUCUGUUCGAGUGAUGAUGAACGUGAUAUAAUUGAAGAUCACCUGGAAUACGAACAAGAUGCAGGUUAUGGUGAGCCUGCGCCUGCAGGUUCCGCCGCACAGUACGACGAGUACAUGUACGAUGACAUAAUUGAAGAUAAAUUGGAAACUGAAUCAGCUAUAUUAGCUGCCCCUGCUAGUCAUGCAAUCCAAUGUACCGCAGAAGUACACGCCGAAUCAGAGAUUCCGGCGCCUAAUAAUGCAGAUGUUCAAAAGGAAGUAACUUCUGCCGAAAACGAGGUCACUGCCGUGACGGAGGAUUUUGAUCCCGACUUAUUACGAGCCUUGGGCGAGUUUGAGCCAGAUGCUGUUGAGUGGGGCGACAAUGUUCACGAAGAUAUUGCUAAACAUUUUCAGCAUAUUCUUUUGAAUGGGUUAAAAAAGGAAACAAAAGAAGAGUUAAGUAAAAAUAUCUCCAUCCAAAAAACGUUCCUUUUUCAAAAGCCCCAACUCUAA